AUAUCAGUCUUUAAGACAAGUAUCUAAUACAAAACUUAAAUUUAAACAAUAAUAAUAAAACACAAUGAAGUGUGUACUUUUUGCUAUUUUCUUGUUCGCUGUUGUUGCUAGUAUUAAUUCUUCUCCAAUUGGUCAUGAACAGCCAAAAGUUGAUGAACCGGAUGUAUUGAUUCCAGAAGAUUAUAAUCCAGAACACAAAGAGGAACACUAUAGAGUAAAAAGAUUUACCUGCGACGUACUCAGCGUGGAAGCGAAAGGUGUCAAGUUAAAUGAUGCUGCAUGCGCUAUUCAUUGCCUUACCCUUGGAAAAGCCGGAGGAUGGUGCGACAACCACAAAGUGUGCAACUGCAGAAAAUAAAUUAUAUGUUUUUUAAAAAAAUUGGUUUUUAUAUAUUUAUAAAACAAAUAAUAUUUAUUAUCUUUUUU